CUUGGCUUCAGCUGCAGCGUCGCUCGCGCGCCGUUGCGUUAGGUCGGUUUCUUUUCCGACGGGUCGUGGUUAAAGUGCUGGUGGCAAAGGGCACGUGAAGGGCCGCCUCCAGCGCGGCGUCAGCUCAGGCGUCGGUGUCGUUGUGUCGUUGACAGCGACGCCUGUAGCCGUUUCUGCAGACAUCAGGUGCGGCCGCCUUAGCCCCAAGCGGGCUCUGCGGCUGCCUGGCGAGUCUCUGCUCGCGCCCAGUCUUUUCCUUCCUGGACCCCGCGCCAAGCAGCAACGCUGAGCCGACCGCCGGAGCGGCGGGCAAUGGCGGCCUCGACGGCCUCGCACCGGCCCAUCAAGGGGAUCCUGAAGAACAAGAGCCCUAAGGCUUCCUCUGUGGUGGCCUCGGCCGAGCAGCCCGGCAGGAGUAUCGACGAAGAGCUGAGUAAAAAAUCCCAGAAGUGGGAUGAAAUGAACAUCCUGGCAACAUAUCAUCCAGCAGACAAAGACUAUGGUUUAAUGAAAAUAGAUGAACCUAGUACUCCUUACCAUAGUAUGUUAGGUGAUGAUGAUGAUGAUGCAUUAAGUGAUUCAGAAACCACUGAAGCCCUGGCCCCAGAUAUCUUAGCCAAGAAAUUAGCUGCUGCAGAAGGCUUGGAGCCAAAGUAUCGUGUCCAUGAACAAGAAAGCAGUGGAGAUGAGGAUAGUGACCUCUCACCUGAAGAAAAAGGUAAAAAAAAACGACAGUUUGAAAUGAAAAGGAAACUUCACUACAAUGAAGGACUGAAUAUUAAACUAGCUAGGCAGUUAAUUUCAAAAGACCUACAUGAUGAUGAUGAAGAUGAAGAAAUGUCAGAGACUGCAGCUGAAGAAAGCAUGAAAAUGGAAGAAUCAAGUCAAGGAUCUACCAGUGACCAACUGCAAAACAAAUCACAGACUUCAUAGAGGAGAUUUGUUCAACACUUAUAACUGUCAGAUGCAAACCCUGUUACUGUAAUACACUGCUUGUUGUUCUACAGUUCAUGACUUGAGUACCAAAAUGUAUACCAGUUAUUAUAUAUUGCCAAGAACUAACUUUAGAGACUAAUUAGACUCAGAAUGCCUAAUUGAUACGUAUAUUCUUGUGCCUAGUACUUCACCACAAAUACAGCAUAUCACCAGUCCAAAACUACAUUACUUUUAUAA